CAGGCGUUUAUUUAGUACACAUAGAAGCGGAAGCUGCUGUGCUACCGAACGGGACAGUUGUUGGUGUGAUGGAGAGAUGAUGUCCCCGUGAGGACUGAGGAGGCCGCAGCAGCCAUGACCGAGUGCUUCCUGCCCCCGAGCAGCAGCCCCGCCGAGCAGCGGCGGGCCGAGCACCCGGGCGGCGUGGCCCGCACGCCCAGCUCCGAGGAGAUCAGCCCCACCAAGUUCCCCGGGCUGUACCGAACGGGCGAGCCGUCGCCGCCCCACGAUGGACACCACCACGAGCCGCCGGACGCCUACGUCUCCGACGACGACAAGGAGCACAGCAAGAAGAAGAACAAGUUCAAGAAAAAGGAGAAAAGGACGGAGGGAUACGCCGCUUUCCAGGAGGACAGCUCGGCGGACGAAGCCGAGAGCCCGUCCAAGAUGAAGCGCUCCAAAGGAAUCCACGUGUUCAAGAAGCCCAGCUUCUCCAAGAAGAAGGAGAAGGACUUCAAAGUGAAGGAGAAGGGCCCCAAAGAGGACAAGGCCAAGGACAAGAAGUCCAAAGACCUGACGGCCGCCGACGUGGUCAAGCAGUGGAAGGAGAAGAAGAAGAAGAAGAAGCCGACGGCGGAGGCGGAGCCGGUCCCCGUGGAGACCCCCACCUUCAGGCCCAUCUUCGGAGCCCCCCUGGCCGAAGCCGUGAAGAGGACGGCGCUGUACGACGGCCUGCAGCUGCCCGCCAUCUUCAGGGAGUGUGUGGACUACAUCGAAAACUACGGCAUGAAGUGUGAGGGCAUCUACCGGGUGUCAGGUAUGAAGUCCAAGGUGGACGAGCUGAAAGCGGCGUACGACCGCGAGGAGUGCCCCUGCCUGGAGGAGUACGACCCGCACACGGUGGCCAGCCUGCUGAAGCAGUACCUCCGCGAGCUGCCCGAGAACCUGCUGGGCCGCGACCUGACCCAGCGCUUCGAGGACGCCUGCGGGCGGCAGGCGGAGGCCGAGAAGGUGGCCGAGUUCCAGAGGCUGCUGGCCGACGUGCCGGCGGAGAGCCGGCUGCUCCUCUCCUGGCUCGUCACGCACAUGGACCACGUCAUCGCCCGCGAGGCCGACACCAAGAUGAACAUCCAGAACAUUUCCAUCGUCCUCAAUCCCACCAUACAGAUCGGGAACCGCGUCCUCUACGUCUUCUUCACCCACGUACGGGAGCUGUUCGGGGACGUGGUGCUGAAGCCCGUGGUGCGGCCCCUCCGCUGGUCCAACAUGGCCGCCAUGCCGGUUCUGCCCGAAACCCAGGAGAGCAUCAAGGAGGAGAUCCGCCGGCAGGAGUUCCUCCUGAACUGCCUGCACCGGGACCUGCAGGCCGGAGUGAAGGACCUGUCCAAAGAGGAGCGACUCUGGGAGGUCCAGAGAAUCCUGACGGCUCUCAAACGCAAGCUGAGGGAGGCCAAGCGUCAGGAGUGUGAGAGUAAAAUCGCCCAGGAGAUCGCCAGUCUGUCCAAAGAAGACGUUUCAAAGGAGGAAAUGACCGAGAAUGAAGAGGAAGUCAUCAACCUCCUGCUCGCCCAGGAGAACGAGAUCCUGACGGAGCAGGAGGAGCUGAUCUCUCUGGAGCAGGUGCUGCGCCGGCAGAUCGCCACGGAGAAGGAGGAGAUCGAGCGGCUGCGGGCCGAGAUCGCAGACAUCCAGAGCCGGCAGCAGGGCCGCAGCGAGACGGAGGAGUAUUCCUCCGACAGCGAGAGUGAGAGCGAGGACGAGGAGGAGCUGCAGAUGAUCCUGGAAGAUCUGCAGAAGCAGAACGAGGAACUGGAGAACAAAAACACGCACCUGAACCAGGCGAUCCACGAGGAGCAGGAAGCCAUCCUGGAGCUGCGCGUUCAGCUCCGCCUGCUGCAGAGCCACAAGCUGCAGCAGCAGCAGGAAGUGACGGCGCAGCCGCCGGCCGAGCAGGCUCCGCCCCCGCAGCCCAGCCCGGAGGCGCGCAGCGAGGAGCAGCCCAAACGCUCCGUCGCCGUGGCCGCCGCCGCAGCCGCCGCCGCAGCCACCGACACGGCCGCGGCGGCCAACGGGAAGGCGGCGAAGGAUCCCUCGAAACCGUCGCCGAGCAAAGACCGGAGAGACGCCGGCGUGUGAGCGCUCCAUGUCCCACGCCGCCGUGUCCGUCCAGCGGCCGCCAAGGACUCUCAUUCUGUCCAUCCGCUUGUUUCUUUAUUUCCCCGCUCAAAACACAAAACGCUAGGAUCCGAGUCGCCUGCAGCUGGCUUCCAUUGCGAGACUCGGACUGCCUUGACAAGACUGUACGGAGGAGGAAGAGGAGGAGGAGGAGGAAGAGGAGGGGGGGGUUGGGGGGGAACCAUGUGCAGAAAGUUUAUUUUUCAUGUAAUUUGACUUGAUAUAAUCUCUGUUGUCCACUGUGUCCCUUCCCAACAUGAACAGAGAACACUGUGCCAUAGCUUAAGAGGCGGGGCUUCCCCUGAAGAGGCGGGGCUUCCCCAGAGAACCACUAACCCCAAAGCUCUUCCAUCCAUCAACAUUAGCCUAUAGAUUAUAUAUUUAAGAGGUGUUCAGAAGAAUACCAACCGACAAAUAUGAUUAUUUUAUGUGAUGGCUUAUUAGUAAUAUAUGAAUAAAUGUUUGAAUUUAUUGUAAAAGUUUCUUUUCUUUGGACAUCAGAUGCACAGAAACGUUGCAGCACAACGAAAGUGUAAAACGGCAAUUAAACACACAGCAAAAAGUCACUUAUUGCCUCAGAACGUAAAGCAGCAGGUUGAUUCAGGACGCCGUAAUGAGUCUGUGAUGAUUCUGUUGUGUAUUUAAAUGUGCUGUUUUGUUUUUAAGUGAUGUUCUUCAUCACAUAACAAACUAAAUCAACAACCUGUUAAUCAUUUCACAUGUGAUCCAUGAAAAGCAGAGGCGCGGUCCGACUUCCUCAAACCUGUUUCUGUAUAUUAUUGUAAAAUGAACCGUAUUUUCAGCUCCUGUGUUUAUUUUUUUUUUCAUGUGUUUCUUUUUUUUUUUAAUAUUAUUAUUGAUGUGUAUGGUUUGUGUUUGUGUUACUGGCCCAGCUGCUGGGCGGAUUGAAGCAAUCUCAUGUGGUUAUUGAUCAGGAAGCGGCUGAAUGCCUGAUGAGCUCAGAACCUCCCCGGAGCUUAUUUUCAUAUCGUUCCAGGCUUUUUGUAACUGGUUGUUGCAGACAGGAUCAAUGCUGUGAAGAAUAAAGUGUCAAUCUGGA